UAAAGUUGCGACUGAUUGUUAAGCCUAGAGUCGAUUAAUCUAGACGAAGAACCUAGUGACCGCGAAAACUCUUAUUCCAAGGUUUUUAUAACAACGCACGAACUUACACGGUGACACACUGUACACAUUCAUAGCGUCUUCGAGCGAGAGUCCGUUGGGGGCCCUACGCAAUGGAUAGAAAUUCCUUCUUGUCUGCUUACAACUUCAGGGUGUUUGAAGACGACCAGAUCGUGCCUGACUGUUCGCUGCCAACGAAAGUAGAUGGUGUAAAACCUGUCAAUACAACAGGGUGUGUUUAUCAGCCUAAGAGCGAACUGGACGCCUAUCUGGGACGGCAUGAAUGGGGCCGGAUGCCGGAAGCCCUGCCACAAAAGCCCCGCCGAGAAAGUGCUUCACAAGUGGACGAAUUCUUCGAAGAACACACAGAGUUUGUCCCUAACAACCACCUAGGGGUCGCUGUGGUCGGCUAUAGCAUGUACGGGUCUACAGCCCAAGCUGUUCGGGGUAUGAACGGGUAUAAUCCCGACGUUCGAGGAUGUCAGCCUCCGCACUUCGGCCGUUCGUAUCACCACCAUUAUCAUCAUCAAACAAGCGGUUGUGGGUACCCCAAAACUGAUGACGAACUAUUCCUCAAACCCGCGCCGGUACCAAGUCCCGAGGUGAAGUCGACUUUCUGGGAAGAUAUUACCGUAACUAUGAAGAUGGAGCCAGAAAUAGAGGCCAUCAAAUCCGAAUCUGUUCCCUUACCGUCCUGCCCGUAUACUCCAGUCCAAGCUACCGACAAGCAUGCAGAUAUGCAAGGGCUGUCGCAAGGCCAAUUUCUUGCUAACACCAUGCAGAUGUCCAGUUCGAUGUCAUCGCCAGAUGCACUGAGCAUUACGCCACGAAACAAUAUACAAAAUUAUAGAUUUCCCCUUGGACCCCCUCAGUCGCGGGUGUGUAUGCCUCCUACUCCUCCAAACUCUGAACCAGGAAGUCCAUCAACAGAAACGUUCUCCAUGAGUCGCCAGACACCCCCACCCCCAUAUUCAGUAUCAUCACAGACAACCACGCUUCCGGCUACUCUGGUGUCCAGCCUUCACUCCAAUAAUAAGUUCAACCGAAGGAAUAACCCGGAUCUGGAGAAAAGGCGGAUACAUCACUGCGACUACCCUGGCUGUACAAAGGUUUAUACAAAAAGCAGUCAUCUGAAGGCCCACCAGCGUAUCCACACAGGUCACCCCUAUCGGUGUCACUGGCCCGAGUGUCAAUGGCGGUUUGCCCGUUCCGACGAACUCACCCGACACUAUCGGAAGCACACCGGAGCCAAGCCUUUUAAAUGUAAAGUGUGCGACCGAUCGUUUGCCAGGUCCGAUCACCUAGCUCUACACAUGAAGCGCCACCAACCAAAAAUAAAGUGAUACCUCACCGUCCCCAGAGUGCGACAGUUUAGAGGAGACGCUGAGUGUGUGUGUGUGUGUGUGAAAGGCCAGAUCCUGGUGGAAUGUGAAAGACGCCAAGCGUGUUAUACGCACCACCCACCAGGAGGUGUGAUAAGCCGGAAAGAAAUUGAUGAAUUGUUUCUUUAUUUGAAAUUUUACGAAACUUGUCUGCGUCUUGAACCAUUGGUGUUCGCUUGCUCUUUGAGACAAUUAAGACACGACAAAUUAGAUUACACUUCGGAAAAUGGUUUUCCUUGGACCAUUAACAUCUGUAUUUUUAUGCGAGUUUAAACUCUUGAUUCCAGUGAAACACUCUUCUACAUAUUUUAUGUGCCAUUCUCUUUUUCAAUGUAAUCCGCCCUGCUUCUCGAAGUAUCCGGAACGACAGGCCUGUGAUUGUACAGCCGUUAGAUAAAAGGUUUUACAUUC